CGGCUUUGUGUGCCAGGUCCGAUCCUCCGUACUGGGUGCAAUGAAAGCUCCACGCAGGCCUUACCAUGGAAGGCUGUGACUCGCCCGUCGUCUCGGGGAAGGACAAUGGGUGCGGUCUCCCUCAGCACCAGCAAUGGACUGAACUCAACAGCACCCACCUCCCUGACAAAGCCAGUAGCAUGGAGCAGUCCACAGGCGAGAGCCACGGGCCCCUGGACAGCCUGAGGGCCCCCUUCAAUGAGCGCCUCGCGGAGAGCGCCGCGCCAGCUGGCCCGCCCGCGGAGCCCGCCAGCAAGGAGGUCAGCUGCAACGAGUGCGCGGCCUCCUUCGCCAGCCUACAGACCUACAUGGAGCACCACUGCCCCGGCGCGCGCCCCCCGCCGCCCCUGCGCGAGGAGAGCGCCAGCGACACCAGUGAGGAGGGCGAGGAGGAGAGCGACGUGGAGAACCUGGCCGGGGAGAUCGUCUACCAGCCGGACGGCUCCGCGUACAUCGUGGAGAGCCUGAGCCAGCUGACCCAGGGCGGGGCCGCCUGUGGCAGCGGGCCUCUCCCCCAGCUCUUUCUGAACUCCCUCCCCGGUGCGGGGGCCAAACAGGGGGACCCUUCUUGUGCUGCACCCGUCUACCCGCAGAUCAUCAACACUUUCCACAUAGCCUCAUCCUUCGGGAAAUGGUUUGAGGGCCCAGACCAGGCUUUCCCGAAUACCUCAGCCCUGACGGGGCUCAGCCCUGUCCUGCACAGCUUCCGCGUGUUCGACGUGCGACACAAAAGCAACAAGGAUUACCUGAACAGCGACGGUUCUGCCAAAAGCUCCUGCGUAUCCAAAGAUGUUCCCAACAAUGUGGACCUGUCCAAAUUCGACGGCUUCGUGCUCUACGGCAAGAGGAAGCCCAUCCUGAUGUGUUUCUUGUGCAAACUCUCCUUCGGGUACGUCCGUUCGUUUGUGACCCACGCGGUGCACGACCAUCGAAUGACCCUGAGCGAAGACGAGCGGAAGAUUCUUAGCAAUAAGAACAUCUCCGCUAUCAUCCAAGGGAUCGGCAAAGACAAGGAACCCCUUGUAAGUUUUCUGGAACCAAAAAACAAAAACUUUCAACACCCUUUAGUUUCCACAGCUAACCUCAUAGGCCCCGGACACAGUUUUUAUGGUAAAUUCAGUGGCAUUCGAAUGGAAGGGGAGGAGGCUCUCCCAGCUGGCUCGGCCGCCGGCCCUGAGCAGCCCCAGGCUGGCAUCUUGACCCCCAGCAGCCUGUUGAACCUUGGCGGGCUCACCAGCUCGGUCCUGAAGACCCCCAUUACCUCAGUCCCCCUGGGGCCUCUGGCGCCCAGUCCUACCAAAUCCUCAGAGGGCAGGGACUCUGGGGCAGCGGGAGGGGAGAAGCAAGAAGCAGGAGAUCCAGAUUGCUUCUCCGAGAAAGCAGAGCCAGCCGAGGAGGAGGCGGAGGAGGAAGAGGAGGAGGAAGAGGCGGAGGAGGAGGAGGAGGAAGAGGAGGAGGAGGAGGAAGAGGAGGAAGAUGAGGGCUGCAAAGGACUCUUUUCAAGCGAGCUGGACGACGAGCUGGAGGACAGGCCCCACGGGGAGUCUGGGGCCGCGGCAGGUAGUAGCAGCAAAAAGGACCUUGCUCUCUCAAACCAAAGCAUUUCUAACUCCCCCUUAAUGCCUAAUGUGCUCCAGACCCUGUCGAGGGGCACAGCUUCUACUAGCUCUAAUUCUGCUUCUUCCUUUGUUGUCUUUGAUGGUGCGAACAGGAGGAAUCGUUUAAGCUUUAACAGUGAGGGCGUCAGGGCCAAUGUGGCAGAGGGCGGCAGGAGGCUGGACUUCGCUGAUGAAAGUGCCAAUAAAGACAAUGCCACAGCACCAGAACCAAAUGAAAGCACAGAGGGCGACGAUGGGGGCUUCGUCCCCCAUCACCAACACGCUGGCUCCCUCUGUGAGCUUGGGGUUGGGGAGUGCCCCUCGGGGAGUGGCGUGGAGUGCCCCAAAUGUGACACGGUCCUGGGCUCCUCGCGCUCGCUGGGUGGCCACAUGACCAUGAUGCAUUCUCGUAACUCGUGCAAGACGCUGAAGUGCCCCAAGUGCAACUGGCACUACAAGUACCAGCAGACGCUGGAGGCGCACAUGAAGGAGAAGCACCCGGAGCCGGGGGGCUCCUGCGUCUACUGCAAAAGCGGGCAGCCCCACCCCCGGUUGGCACGAGGCGAGAGCUACACGUGUGGUUACAAGCCUUUCCGCUGCGAGGUGUGUAACUACUCCACAACGACCAAAGGCAACCUCAGUAUUCAUAUGCAGUCCGACAAGCAUCUCAACAACAUGCAGAACCUGCAGAACGGAGGCGGGGAGCAGGUCUUUAGCCACACUGCCGGGGCGGCGGCGGCUGCAGCGGCGGCGGCGGCCGCGGCAGCCAAUAUCAGUAGCUCCUGCGGGGCCCCCUCGCCCACCAAACCAAAAACCAAACCCACGUGGCGGUGUGAGGUGUGCGAUUAUGAGACCAACGUGGCCAGGAACCUCCGCAUCCACAUGACCAGCGAGAAGCACAUGCACAACAUGAUGCUGCUGCAGCAGAACAUGACCCAGAUCCAGCACAACCGCCACCUGGGCCUCGGCAGCCUGCCCUCGCCCGCCGAGGCCGAGCUCUACCAGUACUACCUGGCCCAGAACAUGAACCUGCCCAACCUGAAGAUGGACAGCGCCGCCUCGGACGCCCAGUUCAUGAUGAGUGGCUUCCAGCUUGACCCCACUGGGCCCGUGGCCGCCAUGACACCGGCUCUAGCAGUGGGCGGUGAGAUCCCCCUAGACAUGCGGCUCGGGGGCGGGCAGCUGGUGUCGGAGGAGCUGAUGAACCUGGGCGAGAGCUUCAUCCAGACCAAUGACCCGUCGCUGAAGCUCUUCCAGUGCGCCGUGUGCAACAAGUUCACGACGGACAACCUGGACAUGCUGGGGUUGCACAUGAACGUGGAGCGCAGCCUGUCGGAGGACGAGUGGAAGGCGGUCAUGGGGGACUCGUACCAGUGCAAGCUCUGCCGCUACAACACCCAGCUCAAGGCCAACUUCCAGCUGCACUGCAAGACGGAUAAGCACGUGCAGAAGUACCAGCUGGUGGCCCACAUCAAGGAGGGCGGCAAGGCCAACGAGUGGAGGCUCAAGUGCGUGGCCAUCGGCAACCCCGUGCACCUCAAGUGCAACGCCUGCGACUACUACACCAACAGCCUGGAGAAGCUGCGGCUGCACACGGUCAACUCCAGGCACGAGGCCAGCCUGAAGCUGUACAAGCACCUGCAGCAGCACGAGAGUGGCGUGGAAGGCGAGAGCUGCUACUACCACUGUGUCCUGUGCAACUACUCCACCAAGGCCAAGCUGAACCUCAUCCAGCACGUGCGCUCCAUGAAGCACCAGCGGAGCGAGAGCCUGCGCAAGCUGCAGCGGCUGCAGAAGGGCCUUCCGGAGGAGGACGAGGACCUGGGGCAGAUCUUCACCAUCCGCAGGUGCCCCUCCACCGACCCAGAAGAAGCCAUUGAAGAUGUUGAAGGACCCAGUGAAACAGCUGCUGAUCCAGAGGAGCUUGCUAAGGACCAAGAGAGUGGAGGCGAGAAAGACCAGAGCAAGUGGACAGCUUCGUCCAGCCAAGCAGAGAAGGAGCUAACAGAUUCUCCUGCAACCUCCAAACGCAUCUCCUUCCCAAGUAGCUCAGAGUCUCCCCUCUCUUCAAAGCGACCAAAAACAUCUGAGGAGAUCAAGCCGGAGCAGAUGUACCAGUGUCCCUACUGCAAGUACAGCAACGCUGACGUCAACCGGCUUCGGGUGCAUGCCAUGACACAGCACUCGGUGCAGCCCAUGCUUCGCUGCCCCCUGUGCCAGGACAUGCUCAACAACAAGAUCCACCUCCAGCUACACCUCACCCACCUCCACAGCGUGGCACCUGACUGCGUGGAGAAGCUCAUUAUGACGGUGACCACCCCUGAGAUGGUGAUGCCCAGCAGCAUGUUCCUGCCAGCAGCUGUUCCAGAUCGAGAUGGGAAUUCCCAUUUGGAAGAGGGAGGAAAGCAGCCUGAAACCUCAGAGGAUCUGGGAAAGAAUAUCUUGCCAUCUGCAAGCACCGAGCACAGCGGAGAUUUGAAACCCUCUCCCGCUGACCCCGGCUCUGUGAGGGAAGACUCAGGCUUCCUCUGCUGGAAGAAGGGGUGCAACCAGGUUUUCAAAACUUCUGCUGCCCUUCAGACUCAUUUCAAUGAGGUGCAUGCCAAGAGGCCUCAGCUGCCUGUGUCGGAUCGCCAUGUGUACAAGUACCGCUGCAACCAGUGCAGCCUGGCCUUCAAGACCAUCGAAAAGCUGCAGCUUCAUUCUCAGUACCACGUGAUCAGAGCUGCCACUAUGUGCUGUCUUUGUCAGCGCAGUUUCCGAACUUUCCAGGCUCUGAAAAAACACCUCGAGACGAGCCACCUGGAGUUGAGUGAGGCCGACAUCCAGCAGCUUUAUGGUGGCCUUCUGGCCAAUGGAGACCUCCUGGCGAUGGGAGACCCCACCUUGGCUGAGGACCACACCAUCAUCGUUGAGGAAGACAAGGAGGAAGAGAGUGACUUGGAAGAUAAACAGAGCCCAACAGGCAGUGACUCUGGGUCAGUACAAGAAGACUCAGGCUCAGAGCCAAAGAGAGCACUACCUUUCAGGAAAGGCCCCAAUUUCACCAUGGAAAAAUUUCUAGACCCUUCUCGCCCUUACAAGUGUACCGUCUGCAAGGAAUCUUUCACUCAAAAAAAUAUCCUGCUAGUGCACUAUAAUUCUGUCUCCCACUUGCAUAAGUUAAAGAGGGCCCUUCAAGAAUCAGCAACUGGUCAGCCAGAACCCACCAGCAGCCCAGACAACAAACCUUUUAAGUGUAACACUUGUAACGUGGCCUAUAGCCAGAGUUCCACUCUGGAGAUCCACAUGAGGUCUGUGUUGCAUCAAACCAAGGCCCGGGCAGCCAAGCUGGAGGCUGCAAGUGGCAGUAGCAAUGGGACCGGGAACAGCAGCGGUAUCUCCCUGAGCUCCUCCACACCAAGUCCUGUGAGCACCAGUGGCAGUAACACCUUCACCACCACCAAUCCAAGCAGUGCUGGCAUGGCUCCGAGCUCCAGCUUACUGAGCCAAGUGCCCACUGAAAGUGUGGGGAUGCCACCCCUGGGGAAUCCCAUCAGUGCCACCAUUGCUUCUCCUUCAGAGCCCAAGGAGGCCAAUCGGAAGAAACUGGCAGAUAUGAUUGCAUCUAGGCAGCAGCAGCAGCAGCAGCAGCAAGCACAGACUUUGGCCCAAGCCCAGGCUCAAGUUCAAGCUCACUUGCAGCAGGAGCUACAGCAGCAGGCUGCGCUGAUCCAGUCUCAGCUCUUUAACCCCACCCUUCUUCCUCACUUCCCCAUGACCACCGAGACCCUGCUGCAGCUGCAACAGCAGCAGCAUCUCCUCUUCCCUUUCUACAUCCCCAGUGCUGAGUUCCAACUCAACCCUGAGGUGAGCUUGCCCGUGACCAGUGGGGCACUGACGCUGACUGGGACGGGCCCUGGCCUGCUGGAAGAUCUGAAGGCUCAGGUUCAGAUCCCACAGCAGAGCCACCAACAGAUCCUGCAACAGCAGCAGCAGCAGCAAAGCCAGCUCUCUCUAUCCCAGAGUCACUCUGCCCUGCUUCAGCCAAGCCAGCACCCUGAAAAGAAAACCAAAUCGGUCAUCAAAGAAAAGGAAAAAGAAAGCCAGCGAGAGAGAGACAGUGCCGAGGUGGGAGAGGGCAACCUAGGACCAAAGGAAUCGCUGCCAGAUGCCUUGAAGGCCAAAGAGAAGAAAGACUUGGCACCAGGGGGUAGUUCUGAGCCUUCCAUGCUUCCUCCACGCAUCGCCUCGGAUGCCAGAGGGAACGCCACCAAGGCCUUGCUGGAGAACUUUGGCUUUGAGCUGGUCAUUCAGUAUAAUGAGAACAAGCAGAAGGUGCAGAAAAAGAAUGGGAAGACUGAGCAGGGAGAGAACCUGGAAAAGCUGGAGUGUGACUCCUGUGGCAAGUUGUUUUCCAACAUCUUGAUUUUAAAGAGUCAUCAAGAGCACGUUCAUCAGAAUUACUUUCCCUUCAAACAGCUCGAGAGGUUUGCCAAACAGUACAGAGAGCACUAUGAUAAACUGUACCCCCUGAGGCCCCAGACCCCAGACCCACCGCCCCCUCCUCCUCCACCCCCACCUCCUGCCCUCCCUGCAGCCCCGCCUCAGCCGGUGUCCACCCCAGCCAUUCCUGCCUCAGCCCCACCCAUCACUUCUCCUACGAUUGCACCGGCCCAGCCAUCAGUGCCGCUCACCCAGCUCUCCAUGCCCAUGGAACUGCCCAUCUUCUCGCCGCUGAUGAUGCAGACCAUGCCGUUGCAGACCUUGCCAGCUCAGCUGCCCCCUCAGCUUGGACCUGUGGAGCCUCUGCCUGCAGACCUGGCCCAGCUGUACCAGCAUCAGCUCAAUCCGACCCUGCUCCAGCAGCAGAACAAGAGGCCUCGCACGAGGAUCACAGAUGACCAGCUCCGAGUCCUGCGGCAGUAUUUUGACAUUAACAACUCCCCCAGUGAAGAGCAAAUCAAAGAGAUGGCAGACAAGUCUGGGUUGCCUCAGAAAGUGAUCAAGCACUGGUUCAGGAACACACUCUUCAAAGAGCGGCAGCGUAACAAGGACUCCCCUUACAACUUCAGUAAUCCUCCCAUCACCAGCCUGGAGGAGCUCAAGAUCGACUCCCGGCCCCCUUCGCCGGAACCUCAGAAGCAGGAAUACUGGGGAAGCAAGAGGUCUUCAAGAACGAGGUUUACCGACUACCAGCUGAGGGUCUUGCAGGACUUCUUUGAUGCCAAUGCUUACCCGAAGGAUGAUGAAUUUGAGCAACUCUCUAAUUUACUGAACCUUCCAACCCGAGUCAUAGUGGUGUGGUUUCAGAAUGCCCGACAGAAGGCCAGGAAAAAUUACGAGAAUCAGGGCGAGGGCAAAGAUGGAGAGCGGCGUGAGCUUACAAAUGAUAGAUACAUUCGAACGAGCAACUUGAACUACCAGUGCAAAAAAUGCAGCCUGGUCUUUCAGCGCAUCUUUGAUCUUAUCAAGCACCAGAAGAAGCUGUGUUACAAGGAUGAGGAUGAGGACGGGCAGGAUGACAGCCAAAAUGAGGAUUCCAUGGAUGCUAUGGAAAUCCUGACGCCCACCAGCUCCUCCUGCAGCACCCCGAUGCCCUCACAGGCUUACAGCGCCCCAGCACCACCAGCCAAUAAUACAGCUUCCUCCGCUUUCUUGCAGCUCACGGCGGAGGCUGACGAACUGGCCACUUUCAAUUCAAAAACGGAGGCGAGUGACGAGAAACCAAAGCUGGCUGACCCUCCCAAUGCACAGCCAAACCAAACCCAAGAAAAGCAAGGACAACCAAAGCCAGAGCUGCAGCAGCAAGACCAGCCCGAGCAGAAGACCAGCGCACCCCAGCAGAAGCUCCCACAGCUGGUUUCCCCGCCUUCCUUGCCACAGCCGCCUCCUCAAGCCCCGCCUCCUCAGUGUCCCUUACCCCAGUCGAGCCCCAGCCCUUCCCAGCUCUCCCACCUGCCCCUCAAGCCCCUCCACACAUCCACUCCUCAGCAGUUGGCAAACCUACCUCCUCAGCUAAUCCCCUACCAGUGUGACCAGUGUAAGUUGGCGUUUCCAUCGUUUGAACACUGGCAGGAGCAUCAGCAACUCCACUUCCUGAGUGCGCAGAACCAGUUCAUCCACCCCCAGUUUCUGGAAAGGUCACUGGAUAUGCCUUUCAUGCUGUUCGAUCCCAGUAACCCACUCCUCGCCAGCCAGCUACUCUCUGGGGCCAUCCCUCAGAUUCCAGCCAGCUCAGCCACUUCUCCGUCAACUCCAACCUCCACGAUGAACACCCUGAAGAGGAAGCUGGAGGAAAAGGCCAGCGCAAGCCCUGGCGAAAAUGACAGCGGGACGGGAGGAGAAGAGCCUCAGAGAGACAAGCGCUUGAGGACAACUAUUACUCCGGAACAACUUGAAAUUCUCUACCAAAAGUAUCUACUUGACUCCAAUCCAACUCGAAAGAUGCUGGAUCACAUCGCGCACGAGGUGGGCUUGAAGAAACGUGUGGUGCAAGUCUGGUUUCAGAACACCCGAGCUCGGGAAAGGAAAGGACAGUUCCGGGCUGUGGGCCCGGCGCAGGCCCACAGAAGAUGCCCUUUUUGCAGAGCACUCUUCAAAGCCAAGACUGCCCUUGAGGCUCACAUCCGGUCCCGUCACUGGCAUGAAGCAAAGAGAGCUGGCUACAACCUAACUCUGUCUGCGAUGCUCUUAGACUGCGACGGGGGACUCCAGAUGAAAGGAGAUAUUUUUGAUGGAACUAGCUUUUCCCACCUACCCCCGAGCAGUAGUGAUGGUCAGGGUGUCCCCCUCUCACCUGUGAGUAAAACCAUGGAGUUGUCUCCCAGAACUCUUCUGAGCCCUUCCUCCAUCAAGGUGGAAGGGAUUGAAGACUUUGAAAGUCCCUCCAUGUCCUCAGUUAAUCUAAACUUUGACCAAACGAAGCUGGACAACGACGACUGUUCCUCCGUCAACACGGCAAUCACAGACACCACAACUGGAGAUGAGGGCAAUGCAGACAAUGACAGUGCGACGGGAAUAGCAACUGAAACCAAAUCCUCCUCUGCACCCAGCGAAGGGCUGACCAAAGCGGCCAUGAUGGCGAUGUCCGAGUAUGAAGAUCGGUUGUCAUCUGGUCUGGUCAGCCCAGCCCCGAGCUUUUAUAGCAAGGAAUAUGACAAUGAAGGUACAGUGGACUACAGUGAAACCUCAAGCCUUGCAGACCCCUGCUCCCCGAGUCCUGGUGCAAGUGGAUCUGCAGGCAAAUCCGCUGACAGCGGGGAUCGGCCUGGGCAGAAACGUUUUCGCACUCAGAUGACCAAUCUGCAGCUGAAGGUCCUCAAGUCAUGCUUUAAUGACUAUAGGACGCCCACUAUGCUAGAGUGUGAGGUCCUGGGAAAUGACAUUGGACUGCCAAAGAGAGUUGUUCAGGUCUGGUUCCAGAACGCCCGAGCAAAAGAAAAGAAGUCCAAGUUAAGCAUGGCCAAGCAUUUUGGUAUAAACCAAACGAGUUAUGAGGGACCCAAAACAGAGUGCACUUUGUGUGGCAUCAAGUACAGCGCUCGGUUGUCUGUACGUGACCAUAUCUUUUCCCAACAGCAUAUCUCCAAAGUUAAAGAUACCAUUGGAAGCCAGUUGGACAAGGAGAAAGAAUACUUUGACCCAGCCACUGUACGUCAGUUGAUGGCUCAACAAGAGUUGGACCGGAUUAAAAAGGCCAAUGAGGUCCUUGGACUGGCAGCUCAGCAGCAAGGGAUGUUUGACAACACCCCUCUUCAGGCCCUUAACCUUCCUACAGCAUAUCCAGCGCUCCAGGGUAUUCCUCCCGUGUUGCUCCCUGGCCUCAACAGCCCCUCUUUGCCAGGCUUUACUCCAUCCAACACAGCUUUAACGUCUCCUAAGCCGAACUUGAUGGGUUUGCCCAGCACAACAGUUCCUUCCCCUGGCCUCCCCACAUCUGGAUUACCAAAUAAACCGUCCUCAGCAUCGCUGAACUCCCCGACCCCAGCACAAGCCACCAUGGCGAUGGCCCCUCAGCAACCCCCACAAUCCCAGCAGCAGCCACAGGUGCAGCAGCCUCCCCCGCCGCCAGCAGCCCAGCCGCCACCCACGCCACAGCUCCUGCCCCAGCAGCAACGCAAGGACAAAGACAGUGAGAAAGUAAAGGAGAAGGAAAAGGCGCACAAAGGGAAAGGGGAACCCCUGCCUGUCCCCAAGAAGGAGAAAGGAGAGGCCCCCACGGCGGCUGCAGCCACGAUCUCAGCCCCACUGCCAGCCAUGGAGUAUGCAGUGGACCCUGCUCAGCUGCAGGCCCUGCAGGCAGCCUUGACUUCGGACCCCACAGCGUUGCUCACGAGCCAGUUCCUUCCUUACUUUGUACCAGGCUUUUCUCCUUAUUACGCCCCCCAGAUUCCUGGCGCUCUGCAGAGUGGGUACCUGCAGCCUAUGUAUGGUAUGGAAGGCCUGUUCCCCUACAGCCCUGCACUGUCGCAGGCCCUGAUGGGGCUGUCUCCGGGCUCUCUACUGCAGCAGUACCAGCAAUACCAGCAGAGUCUGCAGGAGGCGAUCCAGCAGCAGCAGCAGCGGCAACUACAACAGCAGCAGCAGCAAAAAGUACAGCAGCAGCAGCCCAAAGCAAGCCAAACCCCAGUCCCCCAGGGGGCUGCUUCCCCAGACAAAGACCCUGCCAAAGAAUCCCCCAAACCAGAAGAGCAGAAAAACGCCCCCCGUGAGGUGUCCCCCGUCCUGCCGAAACCCCCCGAAGAGCCAGAAGCAGAAAGCAAAAGUGCGGACUCCCUCUACGACCCCUUCAUUGUUCCAAAGGUGCAGUACAAGUUGGUCUGCCGCAAGUGCCAGGCGGGCUUCGGCGACGAGGAGGCAGCGAGGAGCCACCUGAAGUCCCUCUGCUUCUUCGGCCAGUCUGUGGUGAACCUGCAAGAGAUGGUGCUUCACGUCCCCACCGGCGGCGGCAGUGGCGGCGGCGGCGGCGGCAGCGGCGGUGGCGGCUCGUACCACUGCCUGGCGUGCGAGAGCGCGCUCUGUGGGGAGGAAGCUCUGAGUCAACAUCUCGAGUCGGCCUUGCACAAACACAGAACAAUCACGAGAGCAGCAAGAAACGCCAAAGAGCACCCUAGUUUAUUACCUCACUCUGCCUGCUUCCCCGAUCCUAGCACCGCAUCUACCUCGCAGUCUGCCGCUCACUCAAACGACAGCCCCCCUCCCCCGUCGGCCGCCGCCCCCUCCUCGUCCUCCUCCUCUGCUUCCCCCCACGCCUCCAGGAAGUCUUGGCCGCAAGUGGUCUCCCGGGCUUCGGCCUCGAAGCCCCCUUCUUUUCCUCCUCUCUCCUCAUCUUCAACGGUUACCUCAAGUUCAUGCAGCACCUCAGGGGUUCAGCCCUCGAUGCCAACAGACGACUAUUCGGAGGAGUCUGACACGGAUCUCAGCCAAAAGUCCGACGGACCGGCGAGCCCGGUGGAGGGUCCCAAAGACCCCAGCUGCCCCAAGGACAGUGGUCUGACCAGUGUAGGAACGGACACCUUCAGAUUGUAAGCUUUGAAGAUGAACAAUACAAACAUGAAUUUAAAUACAAAAAUUAAUAACAAACCAAUUUCAAAAAUAGACUAACUGCAAUUCCAAAGCUUCUAACCAAAAAA